AUGCAGCCCACCAAUGCUCUGCUUGCUCUCGCGUUCUUUGCCAGUGCCGCAAAUGCUGCGUGUAUGAUUGCUGGCAGCAUUGACCCGAAUUGCUGCUGGGGCGGAAAAGAUAACGUCGAUGCCUGCAAUCGACAGGGAGCGUGUAAUGUUGGUGGAGACACAGACAACUAUUGUGCCAAGUUUGGCAUCACACCAGCACAAUGCGCAAAGGAUGUCUGGCUAGAGACGCUGCUUCAGCAGAUCUUGGCGGAGCAGGUGAAAUGA